AUGCAUAUCCAAUCAAUUCCUAUGUGGACGGGGAAGGGCAACAAUUACGCCUACCUAGUGACGGACGAAUCGAGCAAGAAGUCGGUUAUUAUUGAUCCGGCCAAUCCUCCGGAGGUUGCGCCGGAACUCAAGUCUCAGAUUGAUUCUGGCAAGAUUGACCUGACGGCCAUUGUUAACACUCACCACCACUGGGAUCAUGCUGGCGGUAAUAAUGACAUUUUGAAACAAUUCAAGGGCCUUCAGGUCAUUGGUGGUAAGGACUGCGCGUCUGUCACCAAGACUCCCGCGCAUGGCGAGGAAUUCAAGAUCGGAGAUCGUAUUUCAGUGAAGGCAUUGCACACUCCCUGUCAUACGCAAGACAGCGUCUGCUACUAUAUGCAAGAUGGAGACCAGCGUGUUGUCUUCACAGGCGAUACUCUCUUUAUUGGCGGAUGUGGUCGAUUCUUUGAAGGAAAUGCGAAGGAGAUGCACAAGGCCCUGAACGAGACCCUCGCGGCUCUGCCUGAUGACACUAAGGUUUAUCCCGGUCAUGAGUAUACCAAGGCCAAUGUCAAGUUCUGCAUUGCAGUGUCGCAGUCAGAGCCUAUCAAGAAGCUCCAGGCGUUUGCGGAGAACAACAAGGAGACACAAGGGAAAUUCACCAUCGGCGACGAGAAGCUCCACAAUGUGUUCAUGCGCGUCAAUGACCCCGAGAUCCAAAAGGUGACUGGCAAGACCGACCCUGUUGAUGUGAUGGCAGCAUUGAGAGAGAUGAAGAAUGCAAUGUAA